GUAUUGUACAUGAACCAAUCCUCAUAGCCAACAUUUUAGAGAGGUUUCUCAAAGGAUUUUAAAGCCUUUCUUGAUUAAAAUUACAAGCUAUGGGGUUUCCAUAGACCUGAUAUUAUUUCUGGAUGCUAUGGGUAUUUCAAACAUCUAUUAAUUUAGUGGAGCAGAAACUAGGCCAACUUAAAAGCCCUCCAGAAUACCUAUAAUAUUUAUUCAUGGAAAUAGUGAUGUGGCUGUAGGAGAUGGAAGCUAUGGAGUUUUUAUGACAGGAUUUAGCUCUUAGAUUGAAUAUUUUUUAAGUCAAGGAUACGAGAAAUAAGAUUUAUAUGCUACUACUUGGGGAGAUGCUGAUUCUGCCACAGCAAGUCUUAACUAUCAUUCUGAAAACUACCUUAAAUACAACAGAGCCUUUGUUGAGGCUGUUUUAGAAUAUACAAAAUCUCCUUACGUCAACAUAAUUUCUCAUUCAAUGGGUGUAACUUUGGCUAGAAAAAUCAUCAAAGGAGGAACUGGCCAUGAUGAAUUGGGUAGUGGAAGAUAUGAUCUAGGUGAUCCUCUUACUUCAAAUGUUAAAGUAUUUGUAGGUUUAGCAGGAGGAAAUUAAGGAUUAACUUCAUGUUAUACUUCUGGUUCAUCUUUGCCUACUUGUGGCAUGACUAAUGGAUUCUAUCCAGGAUAACCACCUUAUGUAGGAAGAUCUGAGUUUUUAGAACAAUUGGAUUCGAAUUCAGCAAAGGAAGGAAAAUACAUAGUAACUGGAAGAGCAAACUAUGAUGAAAUUAUUGGAGGAAAUAAUCUUGUUUGGGGAAAAUAUACAACUAGAAUUAAAAAUGAGAAUGAGGAGAUUUUAUUUAAUAGUCCAUCUGUAGGUCAUUUUGGAUUAAGAGAUGAGGCUGGACCUUAGAUUUACUCAAUUCUAAAAAAACAAGGAGCUAUCAAUUAAUGAAU